AUGGCGACACCUCCGCCGCUUUCGAGAAGUUCGAGUCUAAUAUCAACAUCAUAUCAGAGAAACAAUACCCAAUCGCCUAAUAACACAUGUCGGCGAGACUUUGGGAUAUACAAGGGGAUAUCGGACAGACCUCUAGGUUGGAAACGAGGAUCUAAAAGAGCAGCAAAAGCACCAGAGUUAGGACUUACAGCACGCGAUAUGAAGAUUAAAAAAUGGAAUGGAGCCGCGAGGACAUCCACGGAAUGGGAUGGACUGAGAAGAGAUCCUGAUCUGUGGUACGGGCCGUCAGGCGAUUGUCUUGUUCAUCUCUACGGUAAAGGACAGUCGAAACGAGCACCAACGUUCAAGGUCCCAAUGGGAAAGGUGAUAGAAAUCAACGCACAACCUCUUCUGAAACGGUUCUUGGUGGAACGUAUUGAUGAGGGGAAUUCGAGUGACGAGUCCAGUAGUGCUUCACAUGUUGACCUCUACAUCCCAGCUCCGGCCACCGCUGAGCGAGGACAAGCGUUUUUGUACCACACCACGACACGGAAUUUCUUCGCGUGGAUGUUUGGAAGGUCUCUUGUCGGACGUCACCUUGGCGGCGCCUUGGUGGGACUUUUGAACAGCAUGAAUGAAUUUAGGUCAGCAGGCGAAGAUAAUGUUCAGGCGCUUUUGGAGUAUAUGGACGAGGAGGGAUACACAGAUAUGCGAAAUUCGCCAGACCAUGCACUUGGUAUACUAUUCUUUGCGGAGCACUUCCGGUUCAAGGACAUGUGGGUAGAUGCAUUCGCGCACUGUGUUGGGAUGAACGAGAGAUUGAUCGCCAGUCCAGGUUUCGAGUACAUCAGCAGAACUUCACGCGCCCUCAUUACUCGAUCAAGAUAUGAGAUGGAUAUGCGACUGGACCUAUGUGGACAGAGACUAAGCACAUUUCUUUCCGAUGAACUAUCAGAUGCCCACUUGGGUCUUUCGCCUGCGGCGAGAGGACAUCUUGACAGAUUCCGAACCUUUCUGCAGUCCUACUAUAUCGCGAAGCUUGGCUACUACCCACCUAGGGGUCAGGAUGGUACCUCCGCAUUCCCGCAAAGCAUAUUUCGACAAAUGGCAUCAGAGUUCCAAAAGCUGUAUGACUAUCUAGUGGAUAAGUCCUUGACUGCGUCGGACGCUAUUCCAAUGACACAGCAAGGUGGCAUUUGUGUUCUCCAAAACAUACAGGCUUUUGAUCAGCGGUUCAAGCACACAACAUUAGGACACCCUUUACCACUAGUUCCUAAGUCUGAUGAGUGUGUGUCACCGAAGGGAGGAUUGAGGAAGAGGUUCAGUUGGGCAAAAUUGGACAAAAUGACACCAGAUUCGAGACUGGUUUCACUUGCAUCGUUAACAAAAGCCACUAACUCAAGAGACUCGUCACUGAAUGAGUGUACGCUAGUCCGCGCCUAUAAGACUUUUGAAAAAGAAUGCAUAUUCUCGCCUUCUAAGGCUGAGAAGCAAGAGAAACUUUCUCAUACCGAUGCUCGGAAGGUGCGAUGGAUUUUGAUAUACUCUGUUCUCCAAACCCUUCUUGCGGCGACCAAAAUACCAGAACAGGUGUGCGAUACACAGAAUGUUUCUUACAACCUAUGUGUCGUUACCGCAGGAUGCCCACCAUGGAGAGACCAGCGACCCAUCGAGUCGCUUCUACGAACACAAACCAUGCAAACAAAACAGGACUUUGAGCAAACAGCGCAGAAGACAAAAUCUGAGCUGAAUUCACCAUUAGACCGAGUGGAGAUUAAGCCAGAUAUUGACUGGGAUGUUAUUACUCAUCGUUCAAGAACUGGCAGUGUUAAGAGCGACACUGCUCGUAUGUCAUCCAAGAAAGUAACAGUGCGAAGAGCUCUCAGUACUCUAGGCAACAUGCCUGAGCUUCAACACCCAAAGCCAAAUCGGAUAUCUUUCCACGAGAUUCUUGUGCAGGGUUAUGGCAAUGGCACCAACCAAUUAGCUAAAUCUCCCGAACAAACCGCUGCCACUGCGCAUGCAGAGCAACCAAUACGUAAAUCCUCUACCGACUCACAAGCCUCUACAUCGGAAUACUUAUCCUCAAGAUGGUCAAAUACCUCCGACGAGGAACACGAAGCCCCAUCUUCCGUCUCCUCAACCUCACGCCGCGAAUCGCUCGCCAGCGUCAAUAUCAGCGAAACAAAACUUCAAAUCGGAGAGUUCCUCGACAACGAUCGUGGAAUCUCUUCACUCGGCUUGGCUCGAGUUCCAAGCAGUUCAUACUCACCUUCUCUAUAUGGUGAAGAUGAUCUUGCUUUGGAACCUGAGCCACUUCAGAUCUACCGUACUUCCGAGCCCGAAACUACUAAGCAUGUGAGACCAAGUCUGCUAUCCCAGCAAUCGACUUUGGAAUUAGAAACUUAUCUUGGUUUAUAA